AUGGUCUGGUCAUUGAUUGUUUCUCGAAAUUUUGCUUCCGUCCUGCUUCAGCAGGACAACCGUCUGGAUCAACCGGGUUCUGGUUCUCUCACCUACCUAUACUUUGAGAUGGAGGAAGCAGCCAACGCGUCCAUCUCAGAGCCUCUGGAUCUGGUCAAGCUCGCACUGGGAGAACGAGUCUUCAUCAAACUUCGAGGUGACCGGACGGUCUCUGGCGUUUUGCAUGCCUACGAUGCGCACAUGAACUUGGUCCUGUCACAAGUGGAGGAGGCAGUACACAUUGUGGACGUUACCGAAGAUGGACAGGCGAUGCCUCUGAGGGUGGAUCGGCGUCAGAUGGAGAUGCUGUUCGUUAGAGGGGACGGGGUCAUCUUGAUAUCACCACAACAGCAAUGA